AAUGACUUCAAUUUUCAUUUUGCGUCCUUCUUCCUCCCUCCCAACCUUUCCCCUACGUUUCAUUUUCAUUCAGAAACCCUAGAACCUUCGUCGCCAUAGAGGAUUCUCAUCGGUUAUCUGUUCAUCGAUUAAGCAAAAUGUCGACGGGAAAACCCAAGGACGGGGACCUACAGCUGGCCGCCAUGGCUGAUAAGUCAAAACCUGGGGCAGCAUCGACGGCGCUUGUGGAGUACGCAGGGCCAGUUUUCAAGGAGGAAGAAGAAGACCUCGAGAUUAAGCUCCGCCGCAUCAUGGAAAACGUGCCUGUCCGUGUUAGCAACACAUCUGGAAGUUCUGCCGGUUCCGGCUCGGGAGACUUCCAUCAGUAUCGGCAGAUGAGACGAAAAGAGCAGGACCGGCUUGCCAGGAUGGAUGCUGACUACCAGAAAAGGAAAGAAGUAGCGGAGUUCAUAAUGAAGGAAGAAAGACUAAAAGCGGCAGAGGAACGAACAGCAAAGAAGCGUUCGAAACGCCAAAAGAAAAAGCAAAGGAAGAAAGAGAAAAGGAAACUGAAUGCUGGUGGGGAAGAGCAACAGAAAGAAGAAGAUUCAUCAGAUGAUGGUGAUGAUGGGGACUCCGAUAAAGACGAGGAAGCAGUAAAACAAAGAAAGCUCUGCUGAAACUUAUCAAUUUCAAACCAUUGCCAAAAGCUUGCUUACCAUGGACAUCUGAGAUGCAGCACUUCUACAGAUUGCAGUAUGUGAAGUCUACAGUCAGAAGGAAAUUAAAAAACAAAUGGUAUAGUUGAUUUUGAUCACAGAUUUGGUGCAUUUCCUGCUGAGUGAACAAAGUUUGUCCAUUUCCAUGGCAUGGUCGUGUUCUCCCAAGUGUAAUGAACAGUUUAUUGUAUUUACCAGUGUAUGGACACAAUGUGAUAUUAUUGCACAUCAACUUACAGCCAGAAAUCAGAAAUCUGGUAUUAUUAGAGAGUGGGCAGAUAUGGUGGUUGAUGAGAUUUGGUGAAUCCCACUUAAUUGUUAACAAUGAAGGGUUCCCCCAGCAAGUUCUCAUUAUUUAACA